AUGGAGUUCGUUGUUGCUAAUUUUACCCUCGCUUGUGGGUUAGACAGGCACACGCUGGCCAAGCUAGUUCGCGGCUCUGUUUGGAACGACGAUGGAAAUGUUGGAAUUAAUAUGCAUGCUAACAUGCGAGUUAAUGAGGUGAAACUUGACGGCAUGGUUCUGCCGUUGCUGGAGAUUGUGAAGUGGGGAAGCAGCUCAUGGAAAGCUGGGUGGCAGGUGGGGAGACCGUUGAAGCUCUACCCUGCCAGGGCCCAGAUCAUGGUUUCCAGAUCACAUCCUAUGGAGUACGUACAUAGAAGUGACGUGCAGGCUGCCCCUCCACGGCUUCAGGAACGGCGAUUCCUGAUUCCCCGGUGCAGAGACCGUCUGAUGAAAAGUACUGUGUAUAGCAUCAAGUGCAACCCGACGAUCACAAGCACUUUAUCUACCUCGAUCACCCAGAGUAUCAUUCCAGGGCCUUCAGCCCAGCAUCCCGAUUCCACUUUUUCGACCCAACCGAGCUGUUUCAGAGGGCAUAGAGGAGCGACAAGAAAGAAAAACAGCUUCACUUUCCUCUUUCUUUCCCCUUCCCACCCCCAGCCGUUCCUUACUUUAUACCCUUUCUUCCGGGCGCAAUUGGAAUUUCGUCGUCCAGAGUUGUUGAGUGACAUUUUUGCCAUCUGCGGGCCAGAGCCAGUCAACCGUCGAGCGCUUCCUUUUGGAUUUGCAGCCGCCAGUGGCUCAGCCGCCUUGUCUCACCCCCGUUCUCGUUUCCCGUACAACCCGAGCUACGUCCACCUGUCGGAAUUACUCGCUGCGACCAGUGACCCACGCUGCAUCACGACCUCAGUGUCUGAAUUGACGGCUGUACGAACAAUUUGA